UCGAGUGUUCUUUGUUGUUUGGCUCAGGCUCAAAGUGUAAUUGUGAAGAUAUGUGAUUGUGAAUGAAAUCAAAUCAUCAAAAUCAAAUGCCGUUACCUCCUCAAAAAAAUAAAUCCUCCUCAAAUUUCUUCCCCAUUUACUCUCUCUCUCAUCAUCAUCUUCUCCUUCCACCCUGUCUCUUCCUUUGCUUCUCUCUGCAAAACCAGAAGCUCUGGGGGAACCGCAAGAAAAAACACAAAAAACCAAAACCUUAAACCAAACCAAACCAAACCAAUCCUCAUUAUGCCAUGCUUCACACCACACCCUUCUCUCCUCUUCCUCCUCUUUCUCUCUCUCUUCUCUCUCUCCUCCUCCACCAAAACCUUCCAUUUUCAUUCCUUACGUAUUCCAGAUGGUGUUGAGGUCGUUGGUGAGAGAGGGUACGGCGAGGUGCGGCCAUGGGGAACAAGGAGAUCCAUGGCGGAAGACGCUGCGGCCAACACCACAACUUCUCUGAUAUUGGCUCAGCAUAGGACAACCAGGAAGGACCCUCUUGACCAUUUCAACCGCUACACCGGUGGUUGGAAUAUCAGCAAUCGCCAUUACAUUGCUUCGGUUGUUUUUACUGCGGUUCCCUUCUUUGUUGUUGCUGCUGUGUGGUUUGUGGUUUUUGGGAUUUGUUUAUCCUUCAUCUGCCUCUGUUACUGCUGUUGCCGUAGGGAGCCGUAUGGUUAUUCUCGUUUGGCCUAUGCUCUAUCCUUGAUCUUCCUCAUUUUCUUCACCCUUGCAGCAAUAGUUGGAUGCAUAGUCCUUUACACUGCUCAGGGGAAGUUUCAUGGAAGCACCUCAAACACACUGAAGUACGUGGUCAGCCAGGCUGACUUCACUGCUGAAAACCUCAGGAACGUGUCAGAUUAUCUUGAUGCAGCCAAGAGGAUUGGAGUCGAUGCUGUUUUUUUGCCCGGUGAUGUUCAGAAGAAUAUCGAUGAUGUGAAAACAAAGAUUAAUUCUUCUGCUGUGGAACUCUCCAGCAAAACGGGAGAUAAUUCGCGUAAAAUACAAGACGGCUUAGAUGGAAUGAGAUUGGCUCUGAUUAUUCUUGCUGCUGUUAUGCUCUUUGUUGCUUUUCUAGGAUUCUUAUUUUCGAUAUUUGGGUUGCAAGGUCUAGUAUACUUUUUGGUGAUUGUUGGAUGGAUUCUUGUAGCAGGCACAUUUAUACUUUGUGGUGUAUUUCUUUUUCUUCACAAUGUUGUUGCAGAUUCAUGUGUUGCCAUGGAUGAGUGGGUUCUGAACCCUACUGCACAUACGGCCUUGGAUGAAAUUCUUCCGUGUGUGGAUAAUGCAACUGCGCAGCAAACCUUGUUACAAAGCAGGGACGUGACACACGAGCUUGUGAACUUAGUUGAUAAAAUCAUUAACACCGUCACAAACAGGAACUUACCACCUGCUGCGGGGUCUUUGUAUUACAAUCAAUCUGGCCCCCUCAUGCCGGUUCUGUGCAAUCCAUAUAACCCUAACCUCACAACUCGGUCAUGUGCUCCUGGAGAAGUUCCCGUGGACAAUGCUAGAGAGGUGUGGAAGAAUUAUACAUGUCAGGUUUCCCCAGCAGGCAUUUGCGCAACGCCUGGUCGGAUGACACCUACCAUUUAUGGCCAAUUCGAAGCUGCUGUAAAUAUAAGCUAUGGCUUGUAUCACUAUGUUCCAUUCUUGGUUGAUCUACAAGACUGCACUUUUGUUCGGGAAACAUUCACAGACAUCAGCAACCAAUAUUGUCCUGGUCUGCGGAGAGAUAGUAAAUUGAUUUAUGUUGGUUUAGUUAUGGUAUCUGUUGGUGUGAUGCUGUCUCUGAUCCUUUGGGUCAUAUAUGCAAGAGAGCGGCGGCAUCGUGUUUACACUAAGCAGUUCACCGGAUAGAUAAAUGUUUGGAUUGAACAACAUUAGGCAUAUAUGAAUCUCAUGUACAAUUUGAGUUUUAGUGUGUUUUUCCCAGCAGGGUUUGGAUCUCUUAUUUUAUGUGAUGUAGAGUUAAUUUAUCUUACACUGCCUAUACUUGUUUGGAUAUAUGGAAAAUUAUUAGUGUGUUUUCAUGA